AUGCCCGCGGAGCCGAAAACACCCCACGGCGGUGAGCCGAGCCGGCGGGGCGGAAAGGGAAAAGCCUCAAUCGGUGGAGGAUUGGGCGGGAGUCUCGACGGCCAGUCCGGCGCCGAGUCGGGCGAGGACGACGAGGACGAUGGCGAGCAAGACGGAGAGACGGAUAAGCCUGCUGUCAUGUGCCCCGCCGGAGUGAGCUCACAGAUGCCUCAGGCACGUAAGUUGAGCUUUGCGGCGGGGCCGGUCAAGCGCACGUUCGAUGAUGCCGAUCUCGGUGAAUUCUUCCCUGAGGGGCUGGACUUUGACUUUCCUUCCAUUCAGGACGACGAUGAGCCGGAGUUUCCGCGCAAGAAGAUUCCAAAGCUUAUUGCUGCCACCACCGAAGGGAUCCUGACGUACACGGAGCCAAUCUCCAAGGAUGAUGAUGACAAGACUGAAGGAGGAUAUGAUAUUGAUGAUCUAGAAGACGACGAAAUCACGUGCGAGGAUGAUGAUGGAAACAUAACCGAUGAAGAGGAGGCGGCCAUCGUGCGAGAGUUCGAGACCGACGAAGAUCUGCUCAAAGAGAUUGGUUUGCUGGAUGCGAACACCCUCGCACCAAUCGACCCGGAACUGCUGGGCGACCCAUUCGACAACGCCCUGUUCGACGAUCUGGACGGUGAGAUCUUCGACGCAAUGUGCAACGACCCUCAUCGUUUCGACGAUCUCCAGGGUCAAGUCGCUUUCGAUUGGAACAGUUUCACCAACCCAAGCGACGAUCUGUUCUCCGUCCAUCCUACACCAGUGGUCACUCCGAAUGCCACUCCCCGCGCAUCCAUCUCGGAACCGCGUGGGGGAUCCUUCAAUUCGGACGACAAUGAAUCCUCGGAGGACGAAGUGCAAAACCUGAGCCCGUUUUUCGAGAUGAACAACGCAGCGAUCAAGCACCUCGUCAGCGCCGGAGGAAAGGGCGGAUGGAGCGAUGGAACGGAUGAAGACGAUGCCGAUCUUCUGAAAUACUUUUUCUCGUCUGCGGAUGAAGAAACCGACGUUGACAGUGAUGAUUCUCUGACUGAAGAUGACGACGGAGACACCACCGACGAGGAGGAGGAUCUGCCCAUGCCCACGCCUUGCCAUGCCUCGAAGCUGCGCCGUGUUUCCGUGUCAUCCAAUGCCGCACGGCCGCAGAUCAUCGACACCAACAAGGAGGGACCGGAACUACGUGCGUGGGUCGCUGACCCCUCACGUCCCAUCUGUGUCAUCGAAGGAAGCAAGCAGAUUUUCCUGAUUCCGGAUUCGUUCCGGCACUUUUCGGUGUCCGGCAGGACUGGUAGCACCACUUCGGACAUGUGGAUUCCGAUGGAGGGAGAGAGCGAAAGCGAGCAAUCAACGAUCCCCACCACCUUUGAUCCCAUGCUCUCCGAGCUGGUUGGAGUGGAUGUUGGGUUGCUUGGCGCGGGCGAACAGCUCGGACCGGAAGGGUUCUUUCCGUUCAAUGAGGAGGACGGCGGUGAUAUUUUCUCGGAUCUCUUCAACGACGAAGAAUACGAUGUCGACGAGUUUGAGGCCGGAUUGGAGAUCAACGAUUUCUUGGAUCUGUCCUCUACGGAGGAGGGUGCCAGUGAGACCGGCAAGGAUUUGGUGGAGGAUAUGUCGGAUGACUGCGGAGGGGAUGGCGAGGAGGAUGAGGAGGAUGCCCUGCCCGGCCACAAUGCCGAUGCCGACAUGUUGUCGAUUUGGGAUAAGGUCAGCGUUACGGCGUUCCGCAAGCGCCAGAUUCAGCACAGCCAGAAGCUGUCGUCGGCACUGCAGUUCGGAGGUAACGGGUACCACAAGGGAAAGGAGGGACGGCUUGCGGAGACGAUCACGCCGACCAAGAAGAGAAGAGUUCGGCAGAAGUUCCUUGCCAGUAAUCGCGGAGGAAUGGGGAACAACCCGGUGGUCAGGAAGAAGCCGGCGCGGUAA